AUGGCGAACCGAGUGAUGAAUGAGCCAACUGGGGCAGCUCAAGAUCUGGAGCGAGUGUCUAUCCUCUCUCAAGUAAGGCGGAAGGUUGCGGCUACUUGGCAUCAGAGUCAAAUUGGCCACCGAAGUGAGUACUCAGUGGAGCGAUUGCUUGCGUUUCAAGACUACCACGAACGUACAUCAGUCUCUCGAGCAAUAGCUGUCUGUGCGCUCUCACCGAUCCCCGCCUUGUUAGCAGCUCUUGCGAUCGAUUGCAUCCCACUUAAAGCUCCUUCCGACGGGUGGCAAGCCAACUAUGCUGUCUGGAUUCGACUGUUUCUUGCCAUGGGGACUGAAGCAUUUGGAGUUGUCUGUCAAAUGCGAGCGGUAAUUGAUCCAGGAACGAUCUCAAAUACCUGCUCUGCGGUGAUAUCCAUUGGCACAGCUGCCUGUAGCGUGCUUAGUUUUGUAUUACUUGCUGUACUCUGGAGAUUUCCGGUUCCUUUUGGCUACGUGCUUGCCAUCAACCCGUUUGUGAUAUUUUUCUCACUAUUUACUGUACUGGUUGUUGGUCCUCGUGUAUUGAUCCAGUGCCCGACGUUGAGAAAGCAGUUCAAGGCGCAGUUUAUUAUCAUUGUCAAUCAAGGAAUCGUGGCAAUUUGUUAUCCGAUUUUCAGCGCGAUUUUCAAUGGAUUAUCAGGGAUCCAGCAAACUGCGUUUAUCUUUGUGAUGCCAAUAAUCAAAUUUUUCACAAAGCAGAAUAUCGCGAAUGCAGCGAAAAACUACCACGAAUAUGUGGCUCCGGUUGUGGUGUUUUCAGUGGAUCUUUUCAACGUUUAUUACGUUGCAAUAUGCAUGCAAUCGUCAAAGUCAAUUGCCACGACAUUGAUAAUCAUGGCCACCGAUGGUUUUCACGUUAUUCUCGCACUUCGUGAUAUUUUUCAUCGCAAUAACAGCGUUCACACGAGUGAAUCUUCUAUCGACAAUACGCAAUACUACCUACGAGAUUUACCACGAGUGUUACAAAAGGCCUGUCAAGACGAAACAGCAAAGUUCAACCACCGUAUUCGGUUGUAUGCCCCAUUUCCACUCCCACUGUCGAUUAGAAGUAGAGAUUUCAUGAAUGAGUUUAGCAAGACAAGCAAAUUUGCCAAUGAUACUGCUACAACCCGUCGAUGCUCGACAAAAACAGCAAUGAAGCGAAAUUCUGGAAUUGAACCAGCCAGAUCAGCCUCAAAGAAAUCAGCUCCAACGUUUUCCAGCCUAAAGGAACAUGAAAUUGUUCCUACCACGUUGUGGCAAUCCAAAAAAUUCUCACUUGAAGCGUUUCGAAGUGGCAAUAUCAGCGAGAAGGACGUAUUGGAGAGUCUGCAAACACUUUUUCAUUCCGAAUACGUUCUACUGGCCGAGUAUAUUGAAUUUAUGGUUCCGAUACUGUACUCGCUGUAUCUGUCAGUGCUGUUCCACCUGCCGAUAGCCGCUUAUUAUCCGCACUCGGCGUCGAUGACGAUUGAAAAGUUGCAAGACACAGUGACCAACAUUCUCAUUUAUGCAGUGAUCGAGUUCGCAUCGUUCGGCGCUCUUUUCGUUUUGCUGAAGCGCAAAUUCGGGUUUUCACCCCUUUACCAGUUGGCAUUUGUACUGGAGACGCAGGCCUCCGCUUUACAAGGACACUUAUUCGUCUGGACCAUCACAAUUUUGCACCUGACGCUGGCACAUUAUGGUGUCGACUUGAACAUUCUUGCUUUGUGA